AGCCCCGGCCCCGGCCAGCGGGCAUCCCCCCGCCGCCGGCCCGCCGCAGCAUGUGAGCCCGGCGGGGCGGGGAUGCUCUGGCUGCUCUGCGGCCCCUCCAGCGCCAUGGAGAGCCAGGUGCUGGUCAUCCGCAUCAAGAUCCCCGACGGCGGAGCCGUGGACUGGACCGUCCACUCGGCGCCUCAGCUGCUCUUCAGGGACGUGCUGGAUGUCAUCGGUCAAGUUUUGCCGGAUGCAACGACAACAGCGUUUGAGUAUGAAGAUGAGGAUGGUGAUCGGAUUACUGUCAGAAGUGACGAAGAAAUGAAAGCCAUGUUAUCUUAUUAUUACUCCACUGUAAUGGAACAGCAAGUAAAUGGACAGUUAAUAGAGCCUCUGCAGAUAUAUCCAAGAGGUGGAUGUUUUAUUUAUUACUGACCAGCGCUGUGUCUAAAACACCACCACUUGCAAGAAAUAAAAUGCUAGGCUUUCGCGUGGCCUGGAGAAACAACGACACGGUGGAUGACCCAAGCAGGUGGGGAACCCUUCCUGGGAAUGCAGAGCAGUUGGGUAUCUCCCCUUCAGCAGGCGGUUCUCCUUUGGAGUAACUGGCUCACUCCUGGAGAACCAAGCAAGUGGACUCCUGCUCCUGCUGCUGGUUCCUUUUCUAUUUGCUUUACAUCCAAAGAUAAUUAUUUUUGUAUAGAUUCAGAAUUCAUCUCCAUGCUGACGAGGAUAUGAUCCCCACUUACUCUCUCAGCUUAUUCA